CCUUUUCAGAAAGAUAGAUACUACAAAAAUACAAAAUUUUAACUCAUCCUUAAAAUUAAAACCACAAACGAAUACAAAGCACACAUGAUUACCACAGCAAGAACAACAAAACCACGUUACAAAACAAAACCCAGCUAAAAAGCAUCCAACUCAAUCAUCAAAAUAAUCAAUUCUUUUCUUCUCUCUUCAGUUCUCUCUUCCCUCAGCACAAACAUCCCAUAGCCACUGCUUAACCACGAAGAAACCAAGACAACAAAACACACUUUCCCCCCUGUUCUGCUCUGUUCUGUCCUGUUCUUUCCACGCUGUUCUUCACCGUUUCAACAAAAACAUGAUCCACCCCAUUUCAUGUUUCCUCUUCCUACCCUCAAAUUCUCCAUAAAGUUCAUCUCUUUUCAAUCCAUUCUCAACUGGGUCACUCACAAUUCCAAAGGGUGUCACAUCGUUAGAUCUCAAAUUCUUCAGCUCCAAUGGCGUCGUGCCCCGCGAAUUCCUUCAACUUCAACACCACCCUCUGCGCGUGCACCCCCGGUCACGUGCUACAGCACGUGAGGAACACGUGCGUGCUCUACGAGGGGAAUUCCACAAUCCUCACCGAUUCUGGCGUUGACUACUACGCGCUGAGCUUCCCCGAGACGCUCUUCGCGUUCGACACCAUCAAGAAGUUCACGCAGUCGCAGGCGGUGUUCUUGGAAGUCACGCUCGUGAUGCUUCUCUCGUGGCUUCUGUUCUGCGUGUUUCUGAGGUGCACGAAGCUGGGUGAUGGGAGGAAUGUUUGGUUCAAGAUCAGGUGGUGGAUCAGUAGGUUGGAUAUUUGCUUUGCCACAAGGCACUGGCUGGAUGAUCAGAAAGUGGUCACUAAACGCAAAACAGAACUUGGUGGAGCUUUCUCCAUGGCAAGUUGGAUACUAUUUAUUGGUUUAUUUGCCGUGUUGCUGUACCAGAUCAUAUCAAAGAGAUCAAUUGAGGUGCACAAUGUCAGAGCAACAAAUGGACCGGAAUUAGCCUCUUUUAUCAAUGACAUGGAGUUCAAUAUAACAACUGUAUCUAGUAUGAGCUGUGCAAAUCUACGUAAUCUGGGUAAUAUAGUUACGGGGAAUCCUGGCUUCAUUGACCAAAGAGUUGUUCCUCUCUCGACUUUAGCAAACUACUCUUGUUACAACUCAAGCAUGGGACCAACUAUAGCACUCAAGUGUAAAAACUGCAAGGUCAUCUAUGAUCACAUGUACAUUUCAUGGCAGUUUGUUGAUCUCCCCAAUAGUCCUGCCAUUGCUGUUGGUUUUGAGUUUAGACUCACUUCAAUGGAUAUUGCUAAGAAACAUGUGAGUUUCGUUAGUGGAACACUAAAGAAUGGGAGUGAUUUUGAUGAUAGCCCGGUUACAUUCAGAGGGAAUCAAUCGAAUAUUGUGAAAUUCAAUUUGUUCCCUCGAAUAUAUCAUAAUUUACAUGAGCUAAAGCUCAUACAGCCUUUAUUUCACGAGUUCAUCCCAGGUUCAGUUUUGCGUGAUACUAAUGAGCUUCGAGCAUCCCUUGAAAGUUCUACUGAUGGACUAGUCAACACUACAUUGUUUAUCAAUUUUCUCUCUGAUUAUGUUGUGGAAAUUGAUAAACAGAAUAUUUUGGGUCCUGUGAGCUUCCUUGCGGACCUUGGUGGCUUGUAUUGUAUUAGCAUAGGCAUCUUUUUCUACCUGUUGAUACAGUGCGAGUAUAGGAUAAAGAAGCUCAGAAAUGAAGAUAGCAUUAUGCGCAGAAUUAGAAAUCGGCGUAAAGCUCAAGAACAUUGGGACAAACUGAGGAAAUAUGUAAUGUACACCUACGGCUGUCCUACAAUAGACAACAACUACAAUAGCACUGGAAAGGAAACAGAUUGUGGUGGAUGUAUGUUGCAUUCAGUUCGUGGUAGUGGUUCAUCACGUAAACGAAGGCUGAAAAGCAGAAAAGAUUCUAUAAGUUUGUACCAGAAACCUAGCUUACCUGAUAACAAGUCAGCGAGCUGCAGGCCGCUUGGAUCCACAAAUGAUUCCAAAUUGAAUUCUGAGAAUAUGGCAAAGCAGCAGAAUGCUGUUUCAUGCUUGGAUUCCCCUCAGUCUCAAGAAUCUUCUAUUAUUGAUGAUAAAUUCAUUCCUCCUCCACCUUCACUAGAAAUUAAGGGUGGCUCUGAAAUGGACUUGUCCGAUAUUCAGAAGAAUCUAAAAAAUUUGUACGAGUAUAAUGUCAUGCUAAGGGACAAAUUAUUAGCUGCACAAUCACUGCUCAAUUCUUCCUCAACUAGGCACACUUCUUCAGUAAACUCUUCAGUAAAUAACAAGGAAACUUAGGUAUCUUUGCAAACAGGAGCCUUUAUCAGUGCACCUUACUCAGAUUGUUCCAUGGUUUUUACAAGCAUGGAUGUUCCACAAUGGAAGUUGAUUCUUGAUUGAAAACUGACCAAACGGAACAAAAGAUUGGGAAAUCUUUGCAAAAUACAAAUUCAAGAAUGUGCUGUAUGGACCUCUCUACUACUCCUGGCCAGAUAUUCCUUCCUACAUUUAAAGCUGCUAAGUGUGGACUAAGCAUUGUGAUCCACAUUUGUGUGAGAAAAGGGAUUUUGGUUCUUUCAUGUUGAUUUUCGGUGACAAUAUUCAUUUCACAUAACCUUGUACAGCCAUUGAUUUGUUUUGUGCACACUGCACAGUAGAGUAGCAUCCAACGUGUUCUUACAGGCAUUACUGUUGUGAAUGAAUAGUCCUUCAGAACGUAA